AUGCCGACAUCCCAGCGGGCCCAGAAGGCAUUGGAGGCCCGGGUGGUCACCACAAGUCUGCCAGACACCCAUAGCAUCGCUUCAGACGACUCCUUCUACCCUUCUGAAGGCGAGGAGGAGUACAGCUCAGUGAGCGCGGAGAGCGUCCCGGAGGGCGUCCCGGAGGCGGCGACCCUCCUGCGCGCCGCCAGCGCCAACGACGUGGGGUUGCUGAGGGCGCUGGUGCGGCGGGGCCCCAGCGCUGAGGAAGUGCAGGAGACCGAUCGCAACGGCCGGACUGGCCUUAUUGUCGCCUGCUACCACGGCUUUGUGGACACCGUGGUGGUCUUAGCAGAGUGCCCCCAUGUUGACGUCAACUGGCAGGACAGCGAGGGGAACACGGCCCUAAUCACAGCUGCACAGGCAGGACACGUCACCAUCACCAACUACUUGUUGAACUAUUUCCCCGGCCUUGACCUUGAAAGGAGGAAUGAUUUUGGGUUCACGGCCCUGAUGAAAGCCGCCAUGCAGGGCCGAACAGAGUGCAUCCGAGCCCUGAUGCUAGCAGGGGCAGACGUCCAGGCCAGGGACUCCCGCCGCGGGAUGACAUCCCAGGAGUGGGCGGCUUUCACAGGACGGUUCGAAGCCGUCCGUGUCUUCCAGAGGCUGCUGGAGCGACCCUGCGCGGAGCAGUUUGGGGAAAAGUACAAACCAGAGCUGCCACUGCCCCUCGAGGCGGGUCCGAAGCCUCCGGGCUCCAAAAACUGCUUGCAGAGGCUCACCGAAUUUGUGCGGUCUGCGCUGACCUCCCGCUCGCGCCAAGGCCUGGAGGAUGGAGGGGUUAUGGACCACAUGGUCAGGAUGACCACGAGCCUCUACAACCCCGCCGUGGCCAUUGUUUGCCAGACCGUGUCGCCCGACGACCCCCCCUGUGUAGGGAAAAGGCGGCUGGCGGUUCAGGAAAUCCUGGCGGAGGGGGACCCGGACACGCAAGCUCAGGAAAGGGACAAGGCUGAUGGCACCGAGCAUCAGCCCUCCCACCUCGAUGACCACUGGUGUCCUGUCGUUACCAUCCCCAUCCCCCUGCCCCCUGUGCCUUCCCAGUCCCUCAAGGUUAGAAGGCUUCAGAGCUCCCCUCCCCCUGUCUGGGCUGUGCUGCCGUCUAUGCUGCUCUCUGUGUGCGUCUCUGGAGGUCACUCCGGGGGCCCAGGCUUUGUAGAUGAGCAGGACCUGAAGGAAGCUCGAAACACCCUGGGGCAGCCCACCAUCCACACCCCCACUUCACCUGCCCAGGAGUCGAGGAACUGA